AUGGGUGAGGGCAGGCCCGAAACUGAAACCGGAUGCUGGGAAGGGAGUUACCUCUUGUCUGCUGCGGAGAGCGAUGGGGACACGAUGAAGUCCUUCUACCAAGCCCUCCUCGCCGAGGGUCUUCCUCGUUCCAUCUCCUUCAACGCGGUGGAGGAGCAGGUGGAACAAGUGGCAUUCCCUGCUUUCGGCUCCUCGUUCAAGAUCCCUUGCAUCGUUUGCACGGCGGCGAUGAAAGUCUUGGUUCGGGUCAUCAGGGUCGGAUUCCCGAUUCCCGCCACGAAGCUCAUCAUCUCGAGCAUCUGCGAGGCUGUCGGUCAAAUGAAGGAAGUCUGUGACGGAUACCUCUCCCAGUUCACAGUCGGAUCUCUCUUUCGUCCCGUCGACGUGAAAGCAACAGGAAAUGUCCGAGACGAGAGAUUUCGUAUAGGGCGCAGUAACGCGGAAGCCCCCGAGAACCGCGAUGACCCCAUCUUUUACUACAUCAUCGAGAAACGCGACAUCGACAUGGAACUCUUCUGCAAUAGCGUAUUGAACAGCGACUGCCAGCUCGAGGAAACUGGAAAGAGAUGGAUCAUCCCCUUGUCCGAGUAUCCCAAGCCCAGAUCAAACACUCAACAUCGGGGGGAUGGGACUGAACUGAAGGUUCUCCACCUGACGGAUACCCACUUCGACCCCGAAUACAAGGAAGGAGCCAAUGCGAAUUGCGGUCGGCAUCUCUGCUGCCAGGCUUCGAGCGGACCCGCCUCGAAGCCCGAAGACGCCGCCGGGAAGUUCGGGGAUUAUAGGGACUGCGAUGUCCCUUUGAUCACGAUCAAGGAGACCUUACAACAUGCUUCUUCUAGUCACCCUGAUGUGGCUUUCGUGAUUUGGACGGGAGAUCAACCUCCUCACGACAACUGGAAACAGACCAUGCGAAAUACCCUCCAAGUUAUUACUUUGACGACACUGCUCAUGAAAAAAUAUUUCGCUAAUGUGCCCGUCUUUCCCGUCGUCGGCAAUCACGAGUCCUACCCUGUGAACAUGUGA